GGCUAGAUCGCCAGCAAAUUAAAAUAAUGCAUUUCAAAUAAUUCCGAGGUAGUUAAUAUACAAAAUAUAUAUCCUAAUUUUAAAAUAAUAUAAAUAAACCAGUUAGUGUCUCAACAAAACCAUGGACAAAUCUGUGCAGGAUGAUGACAGCCAAGUGAUGCCUGUAUCUCAACCAGUGCGUGCUAAGAGUUUGUUACGCGCAAACUUGGAGAGAUCACGUUGUGGAGUAGUUUUGCAGAGCAGAAUGCCGAACAUAAAGGUUUUCAGCGGGUCUUCUCAUCCCGACCUGGCCCAGCGAAUCGUCGACAGGCUCGGCAUUGACAUCGGAAAAGUUGUCACUAAGAAAUUCAGCAACCUUGAGACAUGUGUGGAAAUUGGAGAAUCAGUACGUGGAGAAGACGUUUACAUCGUCCAAAGUGGAAGCGGUGAAGUUAAUGACAAUCUUAUGGAGCUACUUAUAAUGAUAAAUGCUUGUAAAAUAGCAUCAGCUUCUCGAGUCACUGCUGUGAUUCCUUGUUUCCCUUAUGCCAGACAAGACAAGAAGGACAAGGGAGGUGAUGGUACUGACAAGAACGUUGUCAUGAAGAUAAACGAGUGGAAAUUCAGGGAUUUUGUGCCCGACCUGACGACAAGCCGAGCUCCGAUAUCGGCGAAGCUGGUCGCCAACAUGCUUUCCGUCGCCGGAGCAGACCACAUUAUCACCAUGGACUUGCACGCCAGUCAGAUUCAAGGAUUCUUUGAUAUUCCCGUGGACAAUCUAUUUGCCGAACCAGCAGUACUCAAAUGGAUUAAGGAGAACAUCAACGAGUGGCGAAACAGUAUCAUCGUAUCACCUGACGCUGGUGGAGCUAAAAGAGUAACGUCAAUUGCUGAUCGAUUGAACGUCGAGUUUGCGCUGAUCCACAAGGAACGUAAAAAAGCAAACGAAGUUGCUAGCAUGGUCUUGGUUGGAGAUGUAAAAGAUCGCGUUGCUAUUCUUGUGGACGAUAUGGCUGAUACUUGUGGAACUAUUUGCCACGCUGCUGAAAAAUUACUCGAAGCUGGAGCUACUAAAGUCUACGCUAUUUUAACUCACGGUAUUUUCAGUGGUCCUGCUAUCAGUAGGAUUAAUAAUGCCUGCUUUGAAGCUGUGGUUGUUACUAACACUAUUCCACAAGAUGAACACAUGAAAGAUUGCCCUAAAAUCCAGUGUAUUGACGUAUCAAUGAUGUUUGCCGAAGCUGUAAGGAGAACUCACAAUGGUGAAUCCGUGUCGUACCUGUUCUCAAACGUACCCUAUUAAAAAACUAUACUCUAGGAAUGAUAAAUAUUUUUUUUUACAACUCUUUUUUUUUAUAUAUAUUAUAUUAUUUUUCAUAUCUUCGAAUUUAAAUUUGCUUUAAAAAAAUCAAUCCGUAAUUUGAUUUAUAGUUUAUUUUUCAAUUAUUAAAAACAAAUCAACUGUAAACCCAUAAGAUCUUAUAAUAAUCAUUGUGAUAUGAUAAAUUAACAGUACUUUGAGUAACAUAUAGUUUAAGAUUAUUGUUUUUCCAUUACUCAUUUUUUACCCGCUUCAUUUUUUAAUUUAACGAUCUGACUGACUUUAAUUAAUUAAAAAUCAUUUAUCUCAUCCCUAAACGGUUUCUUACUUAAAUCAGCAUAAUAAUAUUUGACUCGAAAACAAAUUCGUCUAAAAGAUCAAAAUUUUUUUUUUUUAUUAUUAUUAUUAUAACUGUUUAAUUGAGUUAUUUUUUUUUAUUUUAUUAUAAUUUUACUCUUAAAAGGUAUAAAGUACAAAGAUAGGCAAUACAAUUUUAACCAGUGGCAUUAUUUCGUUUCAUUUUUUUUACUUUAAACCCGACUUUUUUAAACUGAUAUAAUAAAUAUAAAACAACACAAUAAAUAUGUUGUACAUUACUAAA